ACGAACCGGGCCCCGGAGCCGGGCCGCCCUCAGCGGGGGUCAGCGCCCUCACACAGGGCCCCAGUCCGCGGAGUGUCCCGGGAAAAGCCCCUCAAGGCUGCCGGCUGCCACCUGCUGCCACCGCGGCAGCUGUCCCGCCGUGGUGACAACACCUCGGCCCGGCGGCGCAGGGGACAGGGCGGGUGUCCCCACACAGCCCCACGCUCUGUGGGUGCUUCCACUCGCGGGAGGAAACCCCGCUGGGUUCGGGGUUCUGCUUGGAGAGUGAUGGACAAACGUGCCCCAAAAAUUAGGAAUUUGGGGUGCCCAAAUCUGGGGAGCUGGGCGGGACAGGAUUAUUGUAGGGAGGGAGCUGGGCACGGGGCUGGCUGUGGGAUUGUGGGAACAAAGCCAGCAGGUUUUGGGAUGAGAUAACAGAUUUUAGGAUUAGGUCAAGGAGAUGGGAAUGACCAAUCAUCCCAAGCCUUUGGGGUUGGAAUUCUCCCUUCUACAGGAAAUAUGGUGGGUGGUUCCAUUCCUGGUGGGAUCCCCCAGGAAGAACUUCUUUACCCCAAAUUGGAAAUACCCUUUUCUGGAAGAGCCAAAGGAUUCCUUAGGGAAAGGUGCCAGUCAGGAGAGGGGAAAACCCUCUGUGUGUGCUCCCCACUCCUGGGGGUUUGGGUGACAGCAGGAUUUGGGCAGAGUCAAAGAACCUUCUGCCUCCCUUUAUCUGAAUUACUGGGAGCAAUUCCGAGCCAGCCCAGUGCAAGGAGAGCUGGCAGCAGCCAGCUGGGAGCCAGAGGGUGAUAAGGUGCUUUGGGAUGAUGGAUGGGAUCUGGCUGCCUCCCAGAUUUCAGUAUCUCCUCAAAUUCAAUAUUAAAAUGUUAUGUAUACCUCUGCUCUCAUUUCCUCUUUUUUCCUUCCUAUCUUUUUUCCCCAGGAAAGAGCCACAUAAGUGUCAGAGCCAGAGCUGGGCAGGCUACCAGAACUCUGGCUAGUCCUUUAAUUUCUGGAAAGGUCUGGAUUUUAUAUCCAUAUCAUUCCCUGCAUAACCACAGAGCACACAUGCCCAGCAGAGGUCCAGAGGGGUCAUGGAUUAUGGGAAUUCUGUCAAAAUCCAACCCAGCUGGGUGAAAUGUGCCCUUGGUGCAUUGGGCAACAGGUUUGCACUGGGACAGGAGAGCAAUGAGCAAACAUUCCAGCUGUUCCAGGACUUGGGGAAGAGGCUGGGAAUGAUGAAAACAAGCUGAUGUUUAACCCGUGGGGGGAGGUAUCCCACAGGGAACUCCUGAUGGACAUACUGGGAUCUGUGGGAUGUGCUUUAGGAACAGGAGACCAAUAGCCUGCGGGGUUUCUUGUAUGUCACCAAACCCAACUAACAUGUCACUGACAAUGUCAAUAAUAACAAUGAACAGCAAUAAUAAUUAUAACAACAACAACAAUUAAUAAUUAAUAACACAGCAAUAAUAACGGAUAUGCAGCACCUCUGCCUGUUCUGAUCUCAGGAAAUUGAACUUCUCCAAUUAUGAAGGAAUUUAAAUCCCCUGUGUUCUGAGAUAAUAACAGCAGAAAAAGAGAUUUUUCCCAAAAAAUGUAGGAAAUGCUGAACAUUCUGCUUCAGGGGGAUGUUUGGUCAGACUGUGGGGUGGGAGUGGGAAUGCUCUGCAGGGCCCUGCUGCCUGGCUCCUGCUCCACCAUUCCCAGUCCUCACCUCCCUCUGUUAUUUCCUGGUCCUUUAUCUCCCUGCUAUUAAUUUCCGUUUACUUUGUCUCCCUUAUCCAUCAUCUCCCUGUCCAUCAUCUCCUGGUUCAUUGCCUCCCCGCUCAUCAUCUCCUGUCCUACACGUCCCUGCAUCUCAUCUCCUGCUCCAUCCUCUCCCUGCUCACCUUCUGUCCCCUCCCGCUCCAUCCCCUUCCAGCCCUUCACCUCCUGCCCAUCCCUUGUUGGGACGGCAGCGCCGAGAUCCCUCGGGAUCCCCCGGGUGCCUCCCGUCCCCCCGAGCCCUCCGGUGCCUUUCCCCCCGGCGCCCGGGGGCGGUGGUGGCGGGGCGGGACCGGGGACGGCCCCGGGCAGGUUCCCCCGGAGCGGCGGCGGGAGCGGCGGAGCGGAGAUGCCGUACCUGCUCAUCAGCACCCAAAUCCGCCUGGAGGCUGGGCCCACCAUGGUGGGUGAUGAGCACUCAGAUCCCCACCUGAUGAGCAUCCUGGGGGCCACAAAGAGGAGCACGCUGGGCAACAACUUCUGUGAGUACUACGUGAACGACGCUCCGCGCGUGGUCCUGGACAAGCUGGAGAGCCUCGGCUACCGCGUGGUCAGCAUGACCGGUGUGGGCCAGACCCUGGUCUGGUGCCUCCACAGGGAAUAGCCAGGGAGAACCAUGCCUUCCACCUGGACCACAUCCUGCUGGAGAUCACCUUAAAGGACUGGCAGCAAACUUUCCCCCUCGAAUUCCUUCCUGUCCCAGACUCCAGGCACUCGGGCAGGGGAGGAACGGCGCAGAGGCAGAGCUGGACCCAAUGGAAUUUUGCCAUCCCUGUUCUGUUUCCCGAGAGCAGGGGAAGGAAGGUAUGCCCAGAAGCUGGCAGAAGUAACAGAUGGCUCCAGCUCUGCCUUCAGUGGGAUGGCAGUCUGGCAAAUUCCAGCUUUUUACAUUUUAAUCAUGCAUUCAGCAUGCCCUGGAGGAAGCUCAGUAACAGCCCUGUUUGCCUGCCUUCUCCUGGGUCAGGGGGUUAGGGAGGGACAGCAAGCAUGGACACCAUCCCAUCUCAUCCCUGAAAUCCAAGAGGGAACCACUAAACCUACUCCCAAGGCUCUGAGAAUCCCUUCCCUUGGCAGCAAGGCCCACUUCCAUCUCAGCAGCACCACAGAACUUCCAGAUCCCAGACUGCCAUGCAAGCCUAACAUGGGAUUCCCAAAAUAACACAGAAAAUGGUGUUGUGUGACUAUUCCAGGUGCAGGCCCUAAUCCCAACACUGCUGGAAUGUUUGGGACUGUGAAUGGAUCCUGCUAUGGGAGUAACACCAAUAAAACAUAAUAAAACAUUGCUCCAAAGAGA